UAUACUGCACAGAGCACAUGGGUGCUUCCUGUGCAAAUAGUUCUCUAGCCACAAACGAGUAAGAAGAAACGAUGCUAGCAACUUUGAGGAGCUCAUUCUUAAGGAAGGAACUUCGCUCGUGUAAGUUCUGUAGAGCCACUGGCAGAUAGAUGAUUGCUUAUUUUAAUCAGGGAAUUUCUUCCUUAACCAAACUGCUUAAGCAGAGGAUUUGAGUAGCACAUUUCACUUGCAUACAGCAGCGUUGGUUCAUUUUGAGUGUUUUGUUGGACAGGAAAUACAUAGAUCUACAGGGUAACAUUAUCACAGAAAGGGAAACAGUAUGGGACGAUGGCUUACUAGUACAAGUGACUCUGUUUGGGAAAUUACAGACAGAAAACCUUGGAGGAAGAAUAGCAUUAAAGAUCAAAAGCAUGAUGACUCCUGAUGAAAACAUCACCAAAUGAUGAACCCAAGAACAAAGAGGAACUUCUAUUUGGCGGCACCUGACUUGCUGGAUCCUAAAUCUGCCGCUCAGAACUCCAAACCGAGGCUCUCAUUUUCUACGAAACCCACAGUGCUUGCUUCCCGGGUGGAGAGUGACACAGCCAUUAAUGUUAUGAAAUGGAAGACGGUCUCCACGAUUUUCCUGGUGGUUGUCCUCUACCUGAUCAUCGGAGCCACCGUGUUCAAAGCACUGGAGCAGCCUCAGGAGAUUUCACAGAGGACCACCAUUGUGAUCCAGAAGCAAACAUUCAUAUCUCAGCACUCCUGUGUCAAUUCCACCGAGCUGGACGAACUCAUCCAGCAAAUAGUGGCAGCAAUAAAUGCAGGGAUUAUUCCCUUAGGAAACACCUCCAAUCAAAUCAGUCACUGGGAUUUGGGAAGUUCCUUCUUCUUUGCUGGCACUGUUAUUACAACCAUAGGAUUUGGAAAUAUCUCACCACGCACAGAAGGUGGGAAAAUAUUCUGUAUCAUCUAUGCCUUACUGGGAAUCCCUCUCUUUGGCUUUCUCUUGGCUGGAGUUGGAGAUCAACUUGGAACCAUAUUUGGAAAGGGAAUUGCCAAAGUGGAAGAUACAUUUAUUAAGUGGAAUGUCAGUCAGACCAAGAUUCGCAUCAUCUCCACCAUCAUAUUUAUACUGUUCGGCUGUGUCCUCUUUGUGGCUCUGCCUGCCAUCAUAUUCAAACACAUAGAAGGAUGGAGUGCCCUGGACGCCAUUUAUUUUGUGGUUAUCACCCUUACAACCAUUGGGUUUGGUGACUAUGUAGCAGGUGGGUCGGAUAUUGAAUAUCUAGACUUUUAUAAGCCUGUGGUAUGGUUUUGGAUCCUUGUUGGGCUUGCUUACUUUGCUGCUGUCCUGAGCAUGAUUGGAGAUUGGCUUCGAGUGAUAUCGAAAAAAACAAAGGAAGAGGUGGGAGAAUUCAGGGCACAUGCUGCUGAAUGGACGGCCAACGUCACAGCCGAAUUCAAAGAAACCAGGAGGCGGCUGAGUGUGGAGAUUUAUGACAAGUUCCAGCGGGCCACUUCCAUUAAACGGAAACUCUCUGCAGAACUGGCUGGAAACCACAAUCAGGAGCUGACUCCAUGCCGGAGGACCCUGUCAGUGAACCACCUGACCAGUGACCGAGAUGUCUUGCCUCCCUUACUCAAGACGGAGAGCAUCUAUCUCAAUGGUUUGACGCCACACUGCCCUGGGGAAGAGAUAGCUGUGAUUGAGAACAUUAAAUAGCUCUCUGUGGGAAGAGCUGUAGGCAUAGCCAUAGGUGAGGACUUCUCUGUGCUCUUUGUGACGGUUGCUGGUAGCAUUCUAAACAUUGUGCAUGAGCUCAAAAAGGGGAAGCAAAGUAGAGACACCCAUUUUGGUCAUCCGAGUCACUGAGAGAAGUUGGAUUUCGUAGCCAGUGCUCUCUUUCUGAGGAGGCUUUGUGAGACACUCCACUCGAGUGACCCGUGGAAACGGACAAGCCACAUCUGAUGCCUUUUUGUGCCCAGACUGUUUUCCUCUCCUCCCCUCCUCCUCACCCCAAUGUGCCAUCAAGGCCUCAGAAUGAAUUAUUGUUUAUGGUAAUAAUGUAGCUUUGAGGGAUCAGUCCUUAAUUUUUCAGGGUCUACCUAACUGAGCCUAGAUACACGGACCAUUUAUGGGUGACAAUGUUUCUUUUUGUAAAUGGCAAGAUAUUCUUAUGCAGCCUUUUACCUAAGAAAUUUUCUGUCAGUGCCUUAUCUUAUGAAGACACAGAACCUCUUUCUAGCUAAUCUGUGGUUUCGCCUCCCCACUCCCCACCCCUAGGCGCACUUCUGCAGUCUUUUAUCCCACUCUCCCCUUUGAAUACUAUACCUUGCUGAAAAGAGUGUGUAAAAUGACUCAAGUUCCGAAGCCUGAAGAAGGAAUAGAUGCCAAAUUAGAGGGAAACUGAAGCAGCACUCAGAAACUCUAGUGUUAUAGGCACUGCAGAGAAAGGAGGUGCAAAGAUGGCCCUUUUGAGUAUUUAUUUGACUCAGGUACCAAUGGUACAUAUAUACAGUGAAAUAUUACCAGGCCAGUAACAUUGGCUGCUAAACAGUCCAUUUUUUCUCCCCCUUGGGAGUAUUUGGAAUUUAUCAUUUAUAUUUAUGAAUAAAUAUACAUUUUUAAAAGAGGAAGAAAAGCAUUUUCAUAUAUAAUGAUCUGACAGGAGAAACCUGUUGAAAAUGAGUACUGCUACAACAGGUGAUUUCGAACAGUUGGUGUGAAUUCAUUCUGAUGGAAAGAACAUAGCAAAAUAAUGUGUGAUGAGUAUUUGCUAAUAAACAUUAAACUGCCAGAUUCUAUUUGCUUUCUGGUGUAUGAAAGGCUUCUGUCGUUUUCUUUUCCUGAAGAAAAGAUGCUCAGCAAGAAGGGGCAGAUACCCAGAAUUCCCUGGGUCCCUGUGGAGUUGUGUUUGUCUGUGAGUCAAGAUGCUGGAACUGGGGUCACUGUGAUUUUGCACAUGGAAAAAUGCAGAGAGCAGGCAUGGUUCAUACCUGCCAUUAGAGAAGAUGUGGUUAUAGCACAAUUUAAAUCUGGACAUUUUUCUUUCUUUUUAUGUUUUGAGGUAGUGAAGGCUGAUAGACCUUUUCAGUUUAUAUCCUAGGAUUCCUUGGGUGUUUCCAAGAUUCAGAAAGUUUUCAGUAAUUGCAACCAAGCAAAUUGCUACCAUUCCUUUUAUUUUCCUAUGUAGAUCUGCUGUACAUU